AUGUUACCAUGUAUCAGGUUUAUUUUCUUCCUACGAGUACAGAUUGCUAACCAGUCAACCUUGUUUUGGUGUAGGCUGAAGGAUCCCUCUAAAAAAUACAAAAAAUUUCAGCCAAUCGACCUUCCAAAUCGUCAAUGGCCGAGCAAGACCAUAGACAAGCCACCACGAUGGCUGGCAACCGACCUUAGAGAUGGAAAUCAGAGCCUGGUCGACCCAAUGAAUGGGGAACAAAAGCUUCGAUUCUUUCGCAUGCUUGUUGGCAUCGGGUAUAAGGAGAUAGAAGUCUCGUUUCCAUCAGCAUCACAAACAGAUUUCGACUUCACACAAAAUCUCAUCAAAACCCCUGGAACUGUCCCCGACGAUGUCUGGCUCCAGGUCCUCUCUCCCUGUCGUGAGGAGUUCAUCCGACGCACCGUCGACGCCUUGAAAGGCGCAAAGAAAGCCAUCCUUCACAUCUACCUUGCCACAAGCUCGUGCUUCCGACGUAUCGUCUUCAACAUGUCCAAAGAACAAAGUAUGGAAAUGGCUGUACGAUGUACAAAAUAUGCUCGCUCCAUCACAAAGGAUGACCCGGAGAUGGCGGGUACGGAAUGGCGGUUUGAAUUCUCCCCAGAGACUUUCUCGGAUACCGACCCUGAAUUUGCAUUACAGAUAUGUGAGGCUGUUAAGGCUGCGUGGGAACCAAGUGAAGAGGCUCCUAUCAUCUUCAAUCUGCCGGCUACGGUAGAGAUGUCUACUCCCAACGUGUAUGCUGAUUUGAUUGAAUACUUCUCCACCCAUAUAUCCGAGAGAGAGAAGGUCUGUAUCUCCUUACAUCCACACAACGAUCGGGGAUGUGCCGUUGCUGCUGCAGAGCUGGCCCAGAUGGCGGGUGCACAACGCGUCGAAGGCACCUUGUUCGGAAAUGGAGAGAGAACCGGUAACGUCGACCUCGUCACCCUUGCUCUUAACCUAUAUACCCAGGGUAUCUCGCCCGGCGUCGACUUUUCCGAUAUUCUCUCCAUCAUUCGAGUGGUAGAAGAGUGUAAUAAAAUCCCAGUCAACGAACGCUGGCCCUACGCCGGCAAGCUCGUCUUCUGUGCCUUCAGCGGCAGCCACCAAGAUGCAAUCAAAAAGGGAUUCCAGGCGCGUACUGCUGCUGGUCUCAAAGACGGGGAUCCAUGGGAGAUGCCAUACCUCCCUCUCGAUCCUCAGGAUAUCGGACGAGACUACGAGGCCAUCAUCCGCGUCAACUCUCAGAGUGGAAAGGGCGGUGUUGCCUGGGUUAUUCUUCGCAGCUUGGAGAUGGACCUACCUCGUGGCUUGCAAGUCGCAUUCAGCAAAAUUGUACAGAAGGAUGCAGACCGCCUGAACCGCGAAUUGAAACCUAACGAGAUUGUCUCUCUGUUCGAAGAAGCUUACCACCUGAAGACAAACCCACGCUUCAACUUGAUAGAUUACAAUAUCACAGCAGACCGUUCACAGUCUCCCGCUCCUCCUACUCCCGGCAAGGCUGUCAAUACCCAGAAUUUGAAGAGACGGUUUACCGGUAUCAUCGAAAUCGAUGGCAUACAGCAUGGUAUCGUGGGUGUCGGAACUGGUGCUAUCUCCGCUCUUGCACAUGCUUUGCACUCCCUGGGUAUCGAUUUAGAUGUCGUUAACUAUACUGAGCACGCUAUCGGUCGUACUCGAGACGUCAAGGCAGCAACCUACAUUGAGUGUACUGCUGCAGGCUCGUCUCAAAGUGUAUGGGGUGUUGGUGUCCAUCGUGACGUUGUCCAGGCCAGUUUAAUCGCGUUGCUGAGCGCUGCAAGUUCUUUCUUAAUGUCUCGCGCGAGUACUCCAUUCCGCCCAACCCGUUCACAAAAUUUUACUCAGGCGGAUAUUGAUGCCUUGGAGCAACUGCAAGGCUCAUUGCCAAACUCACCAAACGGCUCUGAAAAUAAGAAAGUAAACUUCAGCGCUCUUGAAUCUGCAGCAGAGAAAUUGUAA